AUUUUUCAAAAUUCGAAUCCUCUCCUCUUAAAUUUUAGAAACCCUAGGGUUUCAAAAUUGACUCUUCUGCGAACGAAUUCUCACACUCUGUGUAGUGAAUCUCCUGUUGAAUCUCUGAAGUUUGGUGGGAAAAAAUGGAUCUCUCAGGAGAAAUCGAUGACUACAUCAAAGAGACAAUCGACUACUCUUUAGGGCUUCCGAUCUCCACAGACGCUCUCAAGAAGAAGCUUUACACGGCUGAAGAAUCUAAACUUCGUUUCCAUGAGCAGUAUCUUACACUGGUCGGGAGAUUGAAAGAGAAAGAUAGAGUAAUCGAUCUCGUUAGAUCAGAAGCGAGUAUGAACGCGCAAGCGUUGAAGAGAGUCAUCGAGGAGAAACAGAGAUUGGCUGGUGAGUGCGAGGAUUUAGCGGUUCAGUGUAAGAAGCUGAAAAGAGAAUGCUUUCUUUACGAUCAAGAUCGUGAGUCGCUGAUGGAUUUCGGGAACGAGACGGACCAGAGAGCUAGAGAAGCAGAGUCUAGGGUUCUUGAACUGAAGGAGCAAGUUUUAAAAAUGUCUGACGAAAUCAAGAACAGGGUCGAAUCCGAAGAAGACGACAGUUUGGCUUAUUCGGUUUUGUAUUCGUUGGUUAGCAGAGAAGACGAGAGUGUAUCGUCGGGGCGUAGCUUCUUGGAGGCGAACGUUGAAGACAAGUGUUGUCAAGCUUUGUUGAGGAAAUGGGAUGAGUUGAAGCCUUCGACGCAAAAGGUUGUGUCUUUGGUUUCAAUGGUGAAGAGAAUUGAAAAGGAGAAAGAAUGUCUCAUCUUGAAUCUUGCUAAAGCAGAGCAAGAAGUUGAACUUGUGAUGGAGCAAAACAGGGACUUGGAUAAAGAAAACCGUAUGCUGUUGAGGCAAUGUUCUGUAGAGAGAAGCAAUGGAUCUGACAAGUUCAGCAAAAGGAAGAGUCCUAAGUUGAUGAUGACCAGCCCUAUCGACAAGAGGAUUGAGUUGAGCAGCCAAGAUUUUCGUGAUGCUUAAAAGUUUUAGAUACACUUGUUUAGGAUAAAAUUUAAGGUGCUAAUGAUGAUUGGUUUUUUUGUUUGAAUCUUUUUUGGUAAGUAUGAAUAGAUCAAUGAGAAUGAAUGUUUUCUGGUUAUAUUUGUUUAGAUAAGUGGAGAAAUGAUGUGAGG